UAAACUUCUGAGUUGUUUAUAAGUACCUUUCUGAAUAGAAGCAGACAAUUAAUAGGGAGGAAAAGAAGAGCAGAAAAUGGAGUACAAGCAUUUCAGCCACCCGCACACCUUGACCCUCUACAAAGUUCAGCCGGGGCAGCAAUUCCAGUGCCACGGCUGCCAUUUACCGUGCAACGACUCAGUCUUCGCCUGCUGGAGAUGCAACUUCUUCCUCCACGACCACUGCGGGAACGCCAACCGUUACGUCAAGCAUCCGUCCCACUCGUUGCACCCCCUUGUGCUCGUCCCCAGCCCUACCUACUGCAGCGGCUCUUUCUUGUGCAACGCCUGUGGCGGGCCGGGAAGCACGUUUUCAUAUUGCUGCGCAUUGUGUGAGGUCGAUCUCCACGUCCACUGCGCGUAUUUGCCUCCUAAAGUUAGCCACAAAGGCCAUCAACAUGAGGUGUGUCUCAAUUUCAGGCCAAUGGAUAAGAAGGGGUCUCCUGAAUACUGCAAAAUUUGCAUGAAAGAGUUGAGUCUCAGGCACUGGUCCUACUUUUGUGAUAAACCAGAGUGUGAUUUUCGGGUACACACGUUUUGUGCAACUAGUGAGGUGAAACCGGGACUGUACCAGGACGAUGAGCCAGACGAUCAGGUCCAGAUUCCGGCUUCAACAGGUAAUCAGAAUACGUGCGUGUAUCAGACACCGGUGACAACUGCUAGCCCUGAGGAGGUUCUUGCUGAGAUGUUUCAGCUUCAGAUGCAGUUGCAAAUGGCUCAGCAACUGAACCAGAUUAUCAAUUCAGCUAAAUUUUAGACCUUCAAUUUGGUUGUUGUUGGUGGACUAGCGUAGAAUAAUACCUCAUCCACUGAUCAGUGGUUGAUAUGUUGUGCUUUCAUGGAAUUUUGACAAGUUUCUUCCAAUUCAACC